CAGCUUUUUGCCACCAGCCUGCACACCCCCCACCACUCGGUGGCCGUUGAUCAUAGCCGUCGUGCGUGUGAAAUCGUCCAUCAGCCAACGGGUAUAAAAUGUAGGCGGCGAUAUUUAUCUGACCGAUCGAAGGAGAGAGACACACAUAUUCGCUCACACUGAUGGCGCAAGCCAUAGAUAUCCCUCUCUGACAACUGACAUACCGGUCGCGGCUUGCUCCUGGCUGGCCCUGCGCCCAGCGAAGUCCUCCGUCUCUUGGCGCUGUUGGCGAUCUGCAACCCACUGCCAUGAAUCCCUUAUAUCCGUCACGCAGCAGAUAUAUGAAACGGUAGCUCUGCUUAAGAACACAGAGGAAGGACAUUAACACAACACACACAUGUGGUGCUGAGAGGAGGGAGGGCAUGUAUCUAUCGUUCCGCCGGCGCCCCACCCACCUGCUCACACGGCACCUUCCAGCUAUUGAAGACCUUUAGCAGCUGCAUCAACUCUACGGCAACGAUAUGAGCUUUCCGACGCUCUCGGAAUGCAGGCGGGUGUGAGGGGCUGAGAAAGGCGGAUAUGAGGACAUCAGCUGGGGGUCACCGAUGACGGGAACAGGCAGCGGCACGGGAGGAUAGUGCGAUGGCGGCGGCGACACGAAUGAGUGUUGCAGUGGAGGCGCAUGCAUCGCGCCAUAGUCCACAGGAAGCAGCAGGGGAACGGUCGGCGGCGCCGUGAUGUCGACGGGAGUGCUCUUGCCGGUUUCCACAGUGGGGCACUCUCAUGCUGUCGGCCUGAGGCCCGGCCACCUUCUUCACCGUCAUGUCCAGGAUGUCCGCAGGCUGAGCGGGACCCCCAUGUGUCUCAUUCCCGUUCUUGGAGUUCUUGGAGUUCCGGUGGUCUUGCACGGGGCGGGGGAACACACAAAGACUGAGAUACACAAAAAUCUGAGAUACACACACGCACACAAGAAGACCACACACAAGAAGACGCAUGGUUCCAUGUCUGUGUGUGUCCCCCAUCCCGUGCUGCACUAGCCAUACACACCUGCCUCUGUGGCUCGGGGACUUUGGCCGAACAGGUAGGCGAUGCUGCCCCGGGUGCUGGCAGGCAUUGAUGAUGGUGCACCAGCUGCUGGUACCCAGCCACAGCCGUUGAGUUGGCUAUCUUGUGGUGGGCCAGCUGCUGGCGCACGUGGGCGUUUGGCUGCUCGGGGUAGGCCGCCACAGCACCCUGAUCGGUACUCACAACAUACACCAACAACACACAAUACAAACAGACACCGGUGCCUUGUCUCGUGUAUGUUGUGUACCGUAUUCCUUCGGUAUGGGCAUGUCCGAGCCGCCCACCAUGCCCACCCACCAGCGACCCGCAGCGAAGUAGAGGUCCAUGUUGCCGGUGGGCAGGAUGAUGGGCUGGCCCGGCCACACGCGGAUCUGGCGGGCGAUCGGCACGGCUACGCAUCUAAACCACACAUACAGCCGCACCCGCAGCUCUGGGCAGGGCUGCGGGUCCCAAAUGGUCACCAGCUCGCGUAUGAAUAUUCAUCUGCAGACAGGAAGGAAGAGAGGAAGAGACACAUCAGAUACACCCAUCAUGCAUUCACACACGUAUUGAUGUGUGGAGGCAUCUGCUUACUCGUGAUUGUAGUCGCCGCGUGAAGUUGAGUAGUCCGCCACGUACGGCAGGUAGUACUCGAGCCUCCUCAAGAAUUGCAGCAACCAAGAGGCACAGACAAGUACGUACGUGCAGGAACCAACGAGUACGCGUCGAUGGCUGCGCGGACUCGUCUGUGCAUAUUGGAUGGAUGGAUGGAUGCACUGCUAUGUGCUCAUUCACAACUUACCACAUGUGUGUUGCUGUAGUGGGGGGGGCGGCCGAGAAUGCACCAAUAGGCACCAUCCACCGGCUCGUUUGCAGCAGCUACUCGUAAAAGAAUUCGUCGUCGGAGGAGUCGGGCUCCUCUUCCUUCGGCAGUUUGUCGUCCUUGUCGAUGUCCGCCUUCCACUUGCCCUGGUUGACCAGCUUGCGGAUGUGCCUCACUCUACAAAUAACCAUGCAAUGCAAUUGCAUCACGGCCCUGCCUGCUGUGGGCUCUGUGUGCAUGCCUGUAUCCGUACCGGCACUCCUUCAUCUUCCUGAUGUCCAGAUGGUCCAUUCCCAGCAUCUGGCCUUUGCCGCCCCCCUUUUUGGCCUCGUUUGUGGGGACGAGGCCACACACAUACAUGUACUGACCUGACGAAGGUCUUCUUGAUGGGAGAAGGUGCGCGCACACCGAGUGAUAGCAGACAGGCGCCCGGCAGAAGGGCGCCACCAGGCCGGCACCAACGGACGAGUUGGGAGCGGUGGAAGGGGAAUGCCGGUUUGCGCUGUCUCCGUCUCAUCGCGAAAUAAUCUCGUCGCGCAGGCGAGGAAACAGCCUAGAAG